AGCUAUCCGACCGUCGAUGACGAUUGUUUCCUGCGUGCCGGCACCAAGAUUUACCAUUUGGAGUACCCAGUGACGCGUCAACUCAGUCUUUCUGUUUAAAUCAGUCCGGAUACUCCCUCAAUCUUCGAUAUCCAGCCAGCUUCGACGCGACGGCUACCCAAGCCGCUAUCCACCGCCAAACAAAGCCACAACCGAUGCCGCCAAAACGCCGCCGUAACCGGCCCCCAGAUCCGGAACCCGCGCGCCCGGCUUCACCACCCUACGAUCGCCCUCAGCCGCCCGAUGACGAAGACCAAGAGGAAGAAGAAGACGUGGCAGAGCACGCUCCCCUUCCCUUUUACAACACUACCUUCUCGGCGCACCGAGUCUCGCCUCUUUACCUCGGCAGCGAACUGUUGACGCCGAACCGGCUGCAACUCCUCGCGCAACGGCUACGAGACAAACUUGUUGGGGAUGUUGUCCGCGGCGUCGAGGUUCGGGCAGCCGACGCGGGAGAGGAGUCCAUCAUCGGCAGGGCGGGCGCGUUGGAACAGGUCAAGAUAGGCUGGGUCAGCGUCGCGGAUGUGCUGGGUAUAUCACAAGAAGGAUUAAACGGUAUCGGUGAAGAGGAAGGCGAAAGAGCUGGCUGGCGGCAAUUGACAGAGCAACUACCCGACAAAAAGGCGCUGCAUAUUACACUGCGGUACGAGAUGGCCUCGUGCGCGGCGCUCAUGCUGCCCCGUCUGGCAGAUUCCAGAAGAGACGACGUGCCAACCCCGGCGCAAACACGGUUCUCGGUCGGUGACGCAAACGUUAUGGAGUGGGAACCCACCCCUAACCGCUUCCUCUCCCUUCCGCUCCUCCUCCUGCGAAUGCCGGCGCCGCUCAAAACCACCAUUGCCGAUUUCCUGUCGACGACCUUUGACUGCCGUGUCAGCCCCAUGCGUCUGGGCACGCGCAGCCUGAUCCGCAGCUGGGAAGCGUGGAUUCGGUUUGUCGGACUGCCGGCUCGCGGUCCGUUUGCCAAGGAUGCAGUUCUCAGUCUGGGGUUCUAUGUUCCGCCGCCGGAAAAGCCGAACACUUCGCCGGACGAGGACGACACCGUCGACCAACAACCUCUCGGUCUCAAGUCGAUCGACGUAAUCAUCCCCGCCGACGAGCUACGGCAGUUUGUUGCCGCAGGUAAGAGGCUAGCAACCUCGCACCGCCAGCAAGCGCCAGCUUCUUCGAAGAUGAGAUGGGGCUGGGAAGACGACGUGCGGAAGCGGAGGAAGCUGGCUGGCCGACUGUACGAAGAGGGCUGGGAGUGGCGGACGGCGGAUGAGGAGGAAGACGGCCAGCCGUUUACCGAGGCAUUGGGUUGCUAUUUGAAGGAGCAUCUGAGUCUGAACAUGUUCCAUCCCGGUGUUAGGGUGGUCAAGAUCGCUUGUGGCGGUUUUGCCAUGUCGGAGAACCGGCUGAAGGUGUUUGCGCCGGCGGCUGAGGAGGGAUUGUCGUUGCGAGGUGCCGUGCUGCAGUUUUUUGCCAGGUUGGUCGAGAAGGCUCGGGUACAGGCGGUGACGGGAUAAUGGCGGGAGGUAGCCGAUCCGUCAAACGGUUCUUUCGUUCUUUGGACUUAGUAGUCGGCGCUUGGCGGGCUCGGAAUUGAUACCCCUGACUCGAUCAGUCUUGUGUUUGGGUUAUUUGAACGUACAAUCGCCGAGAAUUUUUGUCUUUGGUCAUUCAAGCUGUCCCUCUCGUCAGAACGCAUUCAAUCCUCACUGCGGUCAACAGAGCCAUUUCUUUUCUUUCUUUUUUUUUACGUUAUAUAAAUAUUAUCGGUUCAAAGACAUUGUUCCUGAACGUCAACGAAUUACCGAGCGUAUAUGAUGUUGUGUCGGAUACUUCAACGCCGAGAAAGAACAGACUAUGACCAGGAACAGCACAG